AGGGAGCCGGCUUGAAGGUGGAGGGUCUCUGCCUGGGACCCCACCAGCAUUCCUUUGUUCUUCAUUCAUUCAUUCAUCAGCUAGGAUUCCCUAACCUUGGGGCCAGACCAGCUUCCCCCGCUGGAGAAGUCAGGGCAGAGGAGCAAGGAGUUCCACACCUUGCUGGGAUACCCCAGACCCUGGGGUCCCACAGACAGGAAUGUUUGAAGGGUGCAGGGCUGGGAGUGCAGCUCACUGGCCUUAGCAUGGGCAACGUCCUGGGUUAAUUCCUAGCACUGCAAAAAAGAAAAAUAAUAAAAAAAAAAGCAGGGUGCAAAAGUAUAGAUGCUGUGGGGGUGGGUGUCUAAGCCAGAGGGAGGGUGUGAGCUAGACUGAGCUGGAGUGGGCACUGGAAACAGUGUUGUGGGGCCCAGGGUCAGCAUCAGGCACCAUCAUCACCCUGUGAUAGUGGGAUUACAGGACUAGUAAGGGGAACAUUUUCAGCAGGAGCGAGAGUUCCAGAGCAAUUAUGGAGGGCUUCCAGGGUCAAAUGUGGAGGCAGGGUGAAGAACCUCAGGGCCAUACCUGAAGUCCAUGGGGCCAGCCUUGGGGUGUGUGGGGGGGAAGGGGAGGCCAGAGAAAGAGAGUGGAUCUUGGAGGGACUCCAAGGUCACAUGGCACCAAUGAGUCAGGGAAGGAUCUCAGAAUCAGAUCUUCAGAUCUGAGGGUCACAGUUUCAGUCUUGGAGUUUCAGGAGAUCCCAGGGUCAGUCGGGGGCUUCUGCUUUGUCUCAGCUCUAGGCUCUAGGCGAGAGGGAAUUCUGGGAGAAAUUGGAGGCACAUCCCCUCACAAACAGCCCAGAGAAGGCACUGCCAGGCUCCAUGCUGCCUACCACCUGGUAGACAACCCCUCUCUUAGAGUAGGCCCUCCGAUGUCCUGGUAGUUUCUGGAAUCACUCACUUGUCUUUCCCACUGAACUUCCACCCUCCUUCCUCCCCGCUUUACUUUCCAUUUGAAGGUUCUGUUAGCCUAAGCAGGUGAGGGGAGGUCACACCUGUUCCUCCUCCCACUGGCUCCCCUCCCUCCCACAGGUGAGCACCCCUCCUCGGGGUCCAUGUGCCCACCCCAGGCCCUGGCAGAGGUGGGCCCCACCAUGACUGAGAAGGCCGAGAUGGUCUGUGCUUCCAGCCCAGCCCCUGUCCCACCCACUAAGCCUGCCUCACCUGGGCCUCUACCCUCAGAUGAGGUGGGCCACAGAGGUGGCUCCCCAUCCAGGUUGCCCCCUGGUGUACCAGUGAUCAGCUUGGGUCAUACCAGGCCCCCAGGGGCAGCCAUGCCCACCACAGAGCUGAGUGCCCUCCGGCCCCCCUUGCUGCACCUCUCCACUCUGGGAACUACCCCGCCCACCCUGGCUCUGCAUUACCACCCUCACCCCUUCCUCAACAGCGUCUACAUUGGGCCAGCAGGACCUUUUAGCAUCUUCCCUAGCAGCCGGCUGAAGCGGAGACCAAGCCACUGUGAGCUGGACCUGGCUGAGGGGCACCAGCCCCAGAAGGUAGCACGGCGCGUGUUCACCAACAGCCGCGAGCGCUGGCGGCAGCAGAACGUUAACGGCGCCUUCGCAGAGCUCAGGAAACUGCUGCCGACUCACCCGCCCGACCGGAAGCUGAGCAAGAACGAGGUGCUCCGCCUGGCCAUGAAGUACAUCGGCUUCCUGGUGCGGCUGCUGCGCGACCAGGCAGCAGCGCUGGCUGCAGGCCCCGCCCAACCCGGGCCCCGUAAACGGCCUGCUCGCCGAAGCCCAGACGAUGGCGCCCUCCGGGGGUCCGGGCGCAAGGCCGAGGUGGCGGCGCGCUCGCAGCCCGCGCCCCUGGCAGACUCCGACAUCAACCCCAAUGGGGCAGUACGGCCCAUCAAAAUGGAGCAAGCGGCUGUGAGUCCCGAGGUGCGGUGACCCCCAUACAGCGGCGCCUCUGAGCCGUGGGUGCCACCGAAGACUCAGACCGGGACAGUGGAGGAAAGGUCUCGCUUCGCCGGCUCCCGAGCGAACUGUCAAAGAGGGACUUAGACACGACGUCCCCAUAGGGGAGAGAUCCUGGGGGUCUGGAAGGGUGACCAUCAUCCCAAGGGGCCCCGCAGACGUUUUCCGCCCUGUAGAUUACCCAGGAAGCGCGGUCGUCGGACCCAAGUGGUGCUCCACCUCUGCACUUGUGGGGGUACUGGGGUCGCUGUGGGGGAGGGAGGAGUCUUCCCCUUCUCACGGCGCCCCCUCCUGGAGACUCAAGAACUGACUCGGAUGGCCUGUGCGGCACACCUGGCGCCCGAAGAGCCAGGCAGCAUAGACACCCGGCACCUAGCCCACAGACUCGACCCGGUCCCGCACGAUCGCGUUAGCGAAGGCUCUGGAGCUCUUGCUUUUGUUUUUCUUUAUUUCUUUAUUUCACAUACACAUUAGCCAUUCAAUGGAGAAGCCGGAGAGAGUCAGGCAAAGAUGGUAUAACAGAAGCGCAGUGACGGGGGCGGGGCGGGGCGGGGCGGAGAGGGAACAGACGGGCUGGCUGCCUACUUGCAUUCCGCUAGGACACUGAAAACCCAGAAAACAAAACAGACAGUAAACUACCCUUGUUUCUUAUGUAUCUCAGUGCAGAGACGGGGGGCGGGUGGAGGGCAGAGAGGGGGAGACCAGGCUGAAGGAGGAGCAGAGGGAGGGGGACGCUAAGGGGGAAGCACACCAAAUCCAUUAGUACUAUAUAUAGAGAUACUCGUAUAUACUGCGUUUCUUAGCCUAAGAAGAAACUUGUUUGACGGGACGGGCGGCCUUUGCGGUCCGCGAUGCUGGUGCUGGUCGGGCGCACGGAUCUCCCGGGAGGGGCUGAAGCGGGGCUGGCCCAGGCUGGCUUGCGGGGUGAAGGGGGCGCCCCAAGGGUGGGUGGGAUGGGGGCAGCAGAGGUGGGGCUGGGGUGCCCCUCGGGCUCUCGAUUGGGGGACAAAAGUUCUCGUGACUUUAUUGCUCCUUAUUUUCUCUCGUGUGUGUGUGUGUGUGUGGGGGGUCCGUUCAGCACGGUCGGGGUGGGGAAGUGGUGGGUCGUCUGAGCCACCCGGCCCCUCUGGGACCCAGAGCGCGGCGUCCGCUCCGCCAGCACGGGGGUGAGAACAAGGCACUAGGUCGGCCGGCCAGCGCGGGGGCGGGUGUGUAAGGCAGUCGACAGGGCUGGUUGCGGGAUGGGGCGGGGCUAUGUGCGGGGCCGUGUGCGUGCGUGCGUGCGAGCGCGGGUCUGGGCAAAUCAACCUGUCAGCGUGGCUGGUCCUGUCCUGGAGCAUCGAGCCUUCCGGGUGCUCCCCGGAGCGGGCCGGGGGAGGAGGAGUGAUGUUGAGUAGUAGUGGUGGUGAUGGUGGGGGUCACCGGGGAAGAGGUUCGGGGAGGAAACUACCAACUUGCUGAGCGCGCUCCUGAUAAUGCUGGUGAGGGUCAAGUUGGCGUCUGGCUCGAAGAAGGGCGCUCGGGGCGGAGAGGGAGGGAGGGAAGGAACAUUUGUUCGUUGGCAUUGACCUCUGCAGGGGAGGGGCUUGGGACCCCCUGCCGCGCCCCUGUGCCCAGACGGCGAUGGUGCGAGGAGGGGGCGCAGUGCCCAGGGAGGGGACGCCCGGGGAGAUCCGCGGCAAGAGCAGCCCAGCCGCCGGGCGCACGCCGCUGUCCCGUUCCGUUAAACUCAACAAAGAAGGGAUAUGCGUGUUCCUAACAAGUGCAGGAUAUUUAAUUGAUUCAUAAACUUAUGUAUAAUAGUUUGUGGGUUUUUUAACGUACUUUAUAAUGUAAGAAGCACCAGGGUUUUUAUGUUUAAUUAUCUUAAAAUAAUUUUCUCUCGUCCUUUUUUCCUUUUUGAUAUUGUGUUGGUUUUGUUUUGAUUUUUCAUGUCGAGGUGUUUUUUUUUUAACUUCAAAAUGUGUACGUUUCCUUCAGCCCUCCCACCGAAACCGAGAACGAACGACGAAACAAAUAAAAACCCCAGAUCAUCCUCGUCAACGCAGGAAAAUGACUUAAAAAAAAAGAAAGAAAAAGAAGAAAAAAAAGGAAAGGAAAAACACUCAGCUUUCGUCAUCCCCGCGCAGGGCGGGGCAGGCCUAGUUCUUUUAGCGUCCCCAGAGCCGCGAGGACAUUACAACAAAAAUAGAAUUUUUUUUCUUAACAAUCUCUUAACAUACAAAGAUAGGAAAACUCUCUGAUGCAUUGCACUUGGUUCAAUGAAAAAAAGUUCAUUUCCCCCAUA